AUGUCAGAAACAGCACUAAUUGAUGAAGCAUUAAAUGAAGUUUUUGUUGAAACCGAUUUAAUUGGAUUUCAAUCUUUAUUUGUAUUUGAUAAGCAAUUGACUAGACUUGAACAUUUUUAUGAUGUAACUGAUGAAGAAUUGAAGUCUUAUGGAUUGUCUGAACCAGCUAUUCGUCGUCUUAGACAAGCUAUUGUUAAAAAAUCUAAGAAGCAAUCGAAAACUUUAUUUGGAGGUGGAGGAAAGAAGAAUGUUAAAUUGAUCCAAGUUAAGAGGGAGAAGACGGUUAAUUCUUGUAAUAAAAGUUUGAAUGAAGGAGGCUUUGAAUUUAACAAUACACAACCAUUCUUAAUAUCAGAAAAUGAGAUUUCUUUAUACGAAACAUUGGGAGAAGGCAACUUUUCUAUUGUCAAACGAGCAAUUUGGAAUCGUUCAGACAACAAUUCAUCAAAAAUUGAGUGUGCAGUCAAAAUUCUACAUAACAACAUGACAGAAAUAUUUAGAAAAGAUUUAUUGGCAGAAAUUACAAAUAUGCAAAAAUUACGCCAUCAAAAUUUGGUUCAACUUUUUGGGGUAGUUUUUGGUGAAAAUACAUUGAUGGUAUUAGAAUAUUGUCAAGGAGGGUCUUUAUUAGACAGAUUAAAGAAUUGUGGAAAUGGAAAAUUUGCUGAUAAAAUUAGACCUUUAAUUACAACUUUACACAAUUAUACACAACAAAUAGUUAAUGGAAUGGCUUAUUUGGAGUCUAGAAGGUGUGUACAUAGAGAUUUGGCUGCUAGAAAUGUGUUGUUGGCGCAUGAUGAACAGAUUGUUAAAAUUUGUGAUUUUGGUUUGGCUCGUGCAUUAAGCGAAAAUGAGCGUUUAUAUGUUAUGAAUGAAUUAAAAAAAGUUUCAUUUUCCUGGUGUCCGCCAGAAUCUUUAAGAUAUCGACAAUUUUCACAUAAAUCGGAUGUCUGGGCAUUUGGAGUUACAAUGUGGGAAUUAUAUACAUUUUGUGAAGAACCAUGGGCUGGUUGUAGAGCUGCUGAGGUUCUCCAAUUAAUUGAAUCAGGUCAACGCCUCAAACAACCAGAAUAUUGCCCUCCACAAAUUUAUGAAAUUAUGAAAAUGUGUUGGUAUAAUGAACCUGAACAAAGACCUAAAUUCGUGCAUUUGAGGAAAAUGUUGUUGGAUAUUAAAUUUACACACGUUGUUUGUCGUCAAUCCUAUACCAAUAAUAAUAUUAACAAUUCUUUGUCAAAUUCAACACAAUUAAAUAAUGAAGAAAUUAAUUUUAAUAAAAAAGCAACAUUUUUUAAUGUUUCUCAAGGAGAUCAAUUUUGUUUAAUUUGUGAAAAAAAUUUAAAUUUUUAUUUUGGACAAAAUUUAAAAACUAGACAAUUUGGGCAAUUUCCAAAAUUAAUUUGUUGUGUUGUAAAUAAUAAUGAAGGAGGAAAUGAGGAAAAUUUUUCAAAAAUUAAUAAUGUUUCUUCUAAUAAAACAACAAUAACAAAUAAUAUUAAUACAUCAACAACAAUAAAAUUAAAAGAAGCUAAAAGAGGAGAAAUUUCUUUUCCUGUUGUUGGUUCAUUUAUUCAUACUGGUCAUGGUGAUUUAGAUGAGCGUCAAUGUUGGGGUCAUGUAGACCAUAUUGACCAAAUAUAUUUACAAAAUCCAAUAAUUGGUGUAUCUACAAAUACCACUAGUACAAACCAACAACCUCCAAUAAUUGUGCCAUCAUUAUUAAAUUUACAAAAUUGUGUUAAAAAUAAUAGUAAAAGUUUUACAAAUUUGAAUGAAGCAAAAUCUCAGCAGGAAAAGGAAGAUAAUAAAAUAUACCAUAGAACAAUAACAACAACAAAAAUGAAUGAAAAACCAACAUCAAUUUUUGAUGUUGACCUUUUUGAUCCUUUCACUACUAAAAAUAAUAUUAAAAAUGAAGAAAAUGGAAAUGGAAUUCUUCGUAAAAAUUCUUUACCAACAAUUGGGGCAAUUAAACAGGAGCAACAAAAACCGUCAUUAAAUUCUAUAUUUUUGAGACCUCCUCCAACUUGUAAAAAUACUGGGCUGUCUAAUGGUGCAAAUACAUCUACAACAUCUUCAACUAAAUAUGAUUAUUCAAUGUCAAUCCCUCGUCCAAAUCGAAUUUCACCAACUAACAGUUUAACCCCUCCAGACUUGAGUAAAGAAAAUUUAACAAAAAAUGUAGAUCAACAAAAAAUCUCAAAAAUUGAGAAUAUUCCUCUUAAGACAACAAAUACAAAUUUACUUUUGGAUUUAUCAAAGGAACAAUUUGUUAAUUUAAAUUUAAAUAAUUUUCUUCCUCAACAAAAGCAACCCCAAGCAUCAACUCAAAGACCAAAAUCUGCACAUUUUCUUUUUGAUGAAAUAAAACAAGGAUUACAACAACAACAACAUUUAAAUGCUUCAACAAAACAACCUUAUUCUUUAAUAGAUGAUCCUUUUACGGUAAAAGACGAUAUAAAAACUUUAUUAAAUACAAAAUUGCCAUAUCGUGAGAUACACAAAUCUUGUAAUGGUGGUUUUAGCAGUAACAGUAGUAAUGUUGCUAUUGUACAUCCUAUUCAACAACAACAACCUGUUUUAGUUAAUAAUGCUUUAAUUUUUGAUAUUAAUAAUUCAACAAGAAAAUUACAACAAGGAGAACAGUUAAUCUCAAAAAAUGAAGGGGCAAAUUAUUUUGAUGAAAAUUUUGAAAAAAAUUUUUGUCCGCUUAAUUUGUCCGCAAAAAAUUUAUGUCCGCAAAAUUUGUCCGCAAAUUCUUUUAUUUUACCAACUCAACAAAAUGAACAGCAAAAAUCAUCUUCCUCUUCAUCUUUUAUUAAUUCAAAUACUUUUGGUCACUCAAAUGAUAUUCCAAAAUUAUUAAAUCCAGUUAAAAUACCUCAACAACAACAGCAACAGCAAGAACCAUCAACUACUACAAGAAAUAUAAAUAUUCAACAAAAAAUACCUCAUCAUCAAAUAGUUGAUUUAAGCGAAUUAGAUACCGAUGCUUUAUUAAAACAAGUUAAAGAUGCUGUAGAUUUUGCUAGCCUAGAACAAUGUCGCCAACAACUUUGGCGUAAUCAAUUUGAUGCUGAAAGGGCAAUACAACAAUUAAAAAUUGAUAAGCUUUUAGAAAUGGGUUUGGCUACAGAUAGAGAAUUAGCAGCAUCCGCUUUAGAUUGUGAACAGUGGAAUGUUAAUGCUGCUGCAAACAGGCUAUGUUCUUCUUAA